CUUCAUCACAGUCGACAUUCUUUUGUCAGACGCUAAAAAGUAGGAAGUGAUUUCUUCACUCAACAAACAAAACGAUGUUGAAGUGUAAAAUCCGUAUCGACGACUGCUAUAAAACAUGUUUUACUGCGAGUAUUUACCAUCGUAUAAAAUUAUAUUAGGCGCUUAAAAAACUUACGGGAUGUGAAGUUGCCUACGAGUUUCUCGAAGCAGAUAGGUUCCAGACCAUGGUCACCAUAGGACACCCCAGUGAUUCCAAGGAGGACACCGAGACCAUCAUGCCUCAGGAAAAACACACGGAGAGAAGAAGACUUCUGUCCCACUCCCAAACAUAUGGAGCCAUAUAUGGGGACAGCUUAGACAUUACAGGAGAUACCUGCCCAACUUGUCGUGGAAUAGGACGUAUUCCAAGAGGACACGAUCAGCUUGUGGCAGUCAUUCCAUGUUCUGAUAAAAGACUAAGGCCCAGCCGCACGAAACUGUACGUGUCUAUCUCAGUGGUGCUCAGUCUGCUCAUCUGUUUUCUCAUCCUCUUCUUCCUCUUUCCACGGAGUGUCUCACUGUCCUCCGUCGCUGUCCAAUCAGUGAUGGUCUUCUUUACCCCCAAAAGUGUUGAAAUGCAAAUCACGAAUGUCCUUAAUGUCACCAAUGAGAACUUUGCGACCAUUGGAGUCUUUGACUUUGAUAUGCAAGUGCUGAUCGCCGAAACAGUGGUGGGCAGGAUCAAGGUAUCUAACAUGACUGCUGUCAAACCACGUUCGGUGAAAGCGUAUGCUGUUGUCAUACCCAUACAGAUAGACGAUCCAGGCCUGAAUAUUUACUGCAAAUCGACCUCCAUCAGGAUUCACACCCUGUUCUUGCAUUUGCAAAUGACAGUGAAUGUAUCCUACCUAGCUCACACAGAGCAGCUAUCUACAGACACCUAUGAGUACAUUGAUUGUGGAGGCAACACCACCAUCCCCCACCCUAUUGGGAAAAUGACUUUUUUACAAUGAAAGCCUGGCAUCAAGGGAUCCAUGUGUGACAAUAUGUAUUAUAGACUCGACAAAGGGAAAUGUACAGGUAUACGUUUCGUAUUCCGUAUUGUCUUCUGUUCUCUCCACAUUAUUUAAUGUGUUGCGUAUUCAUUCUAAAGCAGUAUUAGAAUGAUUUAUGAAUUUUGAUGAAAAUGUGAAGUGAAGUGUUUUGUUGGUUGUUUUCAAUAUCAUUGUAGGGAUGUAGAACCUGUGAAAGAAAGCCAGCUGCUGUUUGUGUUUUCAAGUUGUCCUCAGCAGUUAUCGACAUGCAUGUGCUUAAUUCAAUUAACCUUUGGUAACCUUCCUUUGUAAAAGGGUAAAUAACAUGAAGGCUAUCAUUUGAGCGAAAGGAAUCUUUCAGGUGUGACAUAUUUCCUUGACAGGGUGUUGACUAUAUGCUCCCAUGGGUUUAUAGGAACCACCUUUUAAAAAUGUUUUUAAUGAAGACAUGAGAAGUUUGUUUUAUUGUUUGCUUUCUGUCCUGCAGUGGUUACUGUUUAUUGCAAUCCAAUGUAAGGGUCUCUCUCUUGGUCCCUGCAUGUGAUGACGGCUACAUGAUAAUCCAGCCAAUGUUGGGAUUGUGCCAUCACCUGUUGGAAGUACUGUGUGGACCGAAACACAUCAGUCAUCUUCAUGAAUCUGAUAUAGUCAAAAUCCAUCCGGUUAUAUCAGGUUCCUGGGACAUUGCCUAAUUUUACUUUCAACCUUCUGUCAGAAAAAUGUUAGCCGAGAUAGAACGACAAGAACAGUUCCACCAUUUCACCAUUAUUCCAAGAAAGAGGCCACACUCCGUUAUGUCAAUUUCUGAGAUUGAAUUCGCUGAGCACACAGUAGAUAGGGGAUUGGUUAAGGUUGUCUGUAUUCCUCGGCUGUGUGUGAUGACGUGAACUCACUGUGUAUCUCUUGUGUAUCUUUGCACUGUAGCUCUUUGUUUGCGUGCAAACACACGCCGUGCAUACUUUUACCUACUCAUAAAAGAAAGUGGUUGGUGUUAUGAAGAAGUUAGAUUCAGUAUGUUGUGUGGACAGUUAUGACCUCUACCAAGGGAGGGGAAUACUUCAACCGAUGGCACAUCCAGCACUUUGGGUUUAGGGGUCAGGACUGGUAUAGCUGAUGUCUGAUGGUGGCUUACAGGGGCUCGUCCCAUUGUUUCCUUUUAUACCAUCCAGAAGAGAGGUCAUCACUCUUAUACAUGUUUUGAUUAGAUUUUGUUUGAAAUGCCCUCCUUGUCAAGCAAGCCGGGGCUCUGACAGAAAUUGCUUCUGUGUCAUGUAUCUUGUCCAUGUACUGUAAUGUCCAUGUUGCUGAUUAAAAGAACCGGUGUGACAAUAUU